AUGAGCAAAUGGCGCCCAAACGCUCGCUUCCCGUACGGGUAUGGAAAGAUCGAUACGCUGUCGGGUUUUGCAAACGGCGUGUUUCUCUUUGUGGAAAUCAUCUUUGAUGCCUUUGAGCGCCUCUGGGAAGGCCACGAGAUCCAUCGUCUUAACGAACUCUUGAUUGUCAGCGUACUUGGCUUCCUCGUCAAUAUUGUCGGUCUCACUGCUUUUGGCCAUGCUCACCAUGGACACGGACAUGACCACGGACACGAAGGCCAUGAUCAUGGGCAUUCUCACGACAAUGAGAAUAUGCAGGGUAUCUUCCUUCAUAUCCUCGCCGAUGCGCUUGGCUCCGUGGCCGUCAUCGUCUCCACCCUCCUCACGAAAUACUAUGGCUGGUAUGGAUGGGAUCCUAUCGCUUCAUGCAUCAUCGCCAUUCUCAUCUUUCUCUCAGCCAUCCCACUCGUCAAGUCAAGUGGAGCCAGGCUCAUGCUCAGUCUACCCAACGAUGUAGAGUACGGCAUCCGUAAUGCUUUGGGUGAACUGGGCACCCUACGAGGUGUCAUCGGUUAUGCCGUACCGAAAUUCUGGCUCGAAGACGAAGGUGCCGCACACGCCGAAGCUCACGCAAAAGAGCAUGAUUGCGGAGGAAGCGGACACGAUCACCACGAUCACGCACACGAGCAUCACGACCAUGAUCACUCGCACGAUCACGACCAUAGCCACAGCCACAGUCAUAGCCACGACCAUGGCCAUGACCACGGACAUUCACAUUCCCACUCUCACGACCACUCACACUCACAUUCCCAUGACCAUGGCCACUCCCACUCACACGAUCAUGCCCACGAUCACGCACACUCGCACGACCAUCCCCCAAAACAGCGUCGCAUCCUCGGCGUCAUCCACAUCAUCGCCUCCCGCGCCGCAGAUGUAGAAGACGUCCGCGAGCGCUCGCAGCAGUUCCUCAAGGACCGCGGUAUGGAUGUCGUCGUACAUGUGGAGAAGGAAGGUGAAGGGCGGUGUUGGUGUGGGGGCGCAGGGAGUCACGGGACUCACGGGCUUGGCGGCAGAUGGAGAGGUAUAUAA